AUGAUGCUGAGCACCGAGGGCGGCGAGGGCUUCGUGGUUAAGGUGCGGGGCCUGCCGUGGUCCUGCUCGGCCGACGAGGUGCAGCGCUUCUUUGCGGACUGCAAAAUUCAAAACGGGCCCCAAGGUAUUCGGUUCAUCUACACCAGAGAAGGCAGACCGAGUGAGGAGGCUUUUGUUGAACUUGAAUCAGAAGAUGAAGUGAAAUUGGCUCCUAAAAAGACAGAAGAGACUAUGGCAAACACAGGAUAUGUUGAAGUAUUCAAGUCAAACAACGUUGAGAUGGAUUGGGUGUUGAAGCAUACUGGUCCCAAUAGUCCCGACACGGCCAAUGAUGGCUUUGUGCGGCUUAGAGGACUGCCCUUUGGAUGUAGCAAGGAGGAGAUUGUUCAGUUCUUCUCAGGGUUGGAAAUCGUGCCAAAUGGGAUAACAUUGCCGGUGGACUUCCAGGGGAGGAGUACGGGGGAGGCCUUCGUGCAGUUUGCUUCACAGGAAAUAGCUGAAAAGGCUCUAAAGAAACACAAGGAAAGAAUAGGGCACAGGUAUAUCGAAAUCUUUAAGAGCAGCCGCGCCGAGGUGAGAACACACUAUGAUCCCCCUCGAAAGCUCAUGGCCAUGCAGCGACCCGGCCCCUAUGACAGGCCUGGGGCCGGCAGAGGGUAUAACAGCAUUGGCAGAGGCGCAGGCUUUGAGAGGAUGCGGCGUGGGGCAUAUGGUGGAGGCUAUGGAGGCUAUGACGACUAUAAUGGCUAUAAUGAUGGCUAUGGAUUUGGGUCAGAUAGAUUUGGAAGAGGAAUGUCGGAUCACAGAUAUGGUGACGGUGGCUCCACUUUCCAGAGCACCACAGGACACUGUGUGCACAUGCGGGGUUUGCCCUACAGAGCGACUGAGAACGACAUCUAUAAUUUUUUUUCACCACUCAACCCUGUGAGAGUCCAUAUUGAAAUUGGGCCUGAUGGCAGAGUCACUGGGGAGGCAGAUGUUGAGUUUGCCACUCAUGAAGAUGCUGUUGCAGCCAUGUCCAAAGAUAAAGCAAAUAUGCAACACAGAUAUGUAGAGCUCUUCUUGAAUUCUACAGCAGGAGCAAGCGGUGGUGCUUACGAACACAGAUAUGUAGAACUCUUCUUGAAUUCUACAGCAGGAGCAAGCGGUGGUGCUUAUGGUAGCCAAAUGAUGGGAGGCAUGGGCUUGUCUAACCAGUCGAGCUAUGGUGGUCCAGCCAGCCAGCAGCUGAGUGGCGGUUAUGGAGGUGGCUAUGGCGGCCAGAGCAGCAUGAGUGGCUACGGCAGCCAAGGAGCCCUGAGCAGCAGCUACUACAGUAGCGGGAGCCGAGCUUCUGUGGGCGUGAACGGAAUGGGCGGAGGGAUGGCUGGAACCUCUGCUCUGAGUGGGGGUUGGGGGGUAUGAGUGGUGAGCCCCAUCUAUUAUCCUCUGCCCCACCUUUUUUUUAAAUGGAAAAAAAAUGAAAUUUGAGUGUACAGUUUCAGUCCCAGCAUUUGUGAUUGAUGCUUCUUUCUGGCAGUUGGCUUGUUCCAAGACUUCAGGUUCAGUAUACUUUGAACAGUUGUCUUAGAAUUCGCCUAAGUGAAAUUCAUGUUUAAAGCCCUUUUCUGCUUUUUCGAGUUAGUUAGGAUGUACUUCAGUAAGCACUCAGUGUAUUUAGGUUUCAAGCAGUUGAAUUAUGUUCCUAUCUUUGCUCCUCUUCUAUCAAACCUGACCUAGAGAAAAACAACACUAGACAGGUGUGUGGAAAGACAUACAUAGUUUUUGUAAAGCUAUUUAGGAGCUAUGUCUAUAAUGAGCAAGUGAAAAAUAUUUGGCAUGUUUGUUAAUUCUAGUUCCUUUAAUAAUAACCUAAGGCACGUAAGUGCAUGGUUCUUUUUUAAGUUAAUGGAAAAAUUGAGGCACGAUUAUCAAUACUUCAGGAUUUUGAUCUCUGUAUGUUCAAAAUCCUGAGACCUCAAUUGCCAUCUCAUUGUAUUGUGAUUUCCUUUAGUUGUAUUGCGCUAAGUGAAAUGUGUCCAAUAAAACUUCCUUGUAAAAACCUGCA